AUGCCUCCGACAAGCCAGGAUGACCAGAAAGUGGCUCAUGAUGUAGCUGCUUGGAUGUUCAAUAUUGUUACUUCUGUUGGAAUUAUUAUUGUCAAUAAAGCUUUGUUGGCUACAUAUGGUUUUACUUUUGCUACGACAUUAACUGGCCUACACUUUGUUGCAACUACCCUGAUGACUCUGAUUCUUAAGCGGCUUGGAUAUAUCCAGAGUUCUCAACUUCCCUUCUCAGAGCUUCUGAAAUAUGUUUUAUUUGCAAAUUUCUCUAUUGUUGGAAUGAAUGUUAGUUUAAUGUGGAAUUCUGUGGGAUUCUAUCAGAUUGCAAAGCUGAGUAUGAUCCCCGUGUCAUGUUUUCUCGAAAUUGUUUUGGACAACGUGCGAUACUCGAGGGGAACCAAACUAAGCAUUUUAGUUGUUCUACUGGGUGUUGCAAUUUGUACCGUUACUGAUGUGAGUGUUAAUGGCAAAGGUUUUAUUGCUGCCUUCAUAGCAGUUUGGAGCACUUCUCUGCAGCAGUAUUACGUUCAUUUUCUUCAAAGGAAGCAUUCAAUUGGUUCUUUCAACCUAUUAGGGCACACUGCACCCCCUCAAGCUGCAUCUUUGUUGUUAGUAGGGCCCUUUAUGGACUACUGGUUGACAGAUAAGAGGGUUGACAUGUAUAACUAUACUCAUACAUCAAUGCUGUUCAUAAUCUUGUCGUGUACCAUUGCAAUCGGAACCAAUAUAAGCCAAUUCAUCUGCAUCGGCAGAUUCACAGCAGUGUCAUUUCAAGUGCUUGGUCAUAUGAAGACCAUUCUUAUCUUAACAGUAGGAUUUUUGUUCUUCGGAAAAGAGGGACUAAAUCUUCAUGUGGUUUUGGGAAUGAUUGUUGCAGUGAUAGGCAUGAUUUGGUAUGGCCACGUCUCAUCUCUGCCUGGAGGUAAAGAGCGACGCCAAUCUCUGUCCAUCGACAGACCGGAAAAAGAUGACAGGUUACUAAAAUCCAACAACCUUGACGAGGUCUAG